AUGUCUGAUCUCGGCCAAGGGAACGCCUCACAGGCGCCAGAUUCCCAGAUUAACGCUGAGGACGGGAGGAAGUACUGGCAAAAUGUCGAUGCCGAUGUCAAUGGCAUGUUAGGAGGGUUUCCCUAUGUGUCGCGGGUGGACCUGCAGGGGUCUCGAAACUUUCUCGCCAAGUUUGGCAUCGGGACCAAGGACGGGCAGCGCACUGUCGCCGCGGCUCUUGAGGGCGGAGCUGGCAUAGGCAGGAUCACCGAGGGGCUCCUGCUCAGCUUGUCACAGGAAGUCGACGUCGUCGAGCCCAUAGCGAAAUUCACUGAGGCUCUGGAGAAGAAGAGCGGCAUCCGUCGGGUCUUCAACGUCGGCCUGGAGGAAUGGCGACCGGAUGUGGGCGUCAAAUACGACCUCGUAUGGAACCAGUGGUGUGUGGGUCAUCUCAAAGAUGAACAGCUGGUCCAGUACUUGGAAAGGUGCAAGACGGUCCUGACCCCUGGAGAUGGGCUCAUCGUGGUCAAGGAAAACAUCAGCACCAAUGGUGUCGACCUGUUCGACGACCAGGACAGCAGCGUGACGAGGACCGAUGAGAAGUUUCAAGCCAUCUUUAAGGAUGCCGGCCUUAGGCUUGUCAAGGCUGAAACCCAACGCGGAUUUCCGAAGGAGCUCUUCCCGGUGAGGAUCUAUGCUCUGAAGCCGCAAGAAUAG